AUGGGAAAGUUUAGUGUCAACGGUGUGUGGUUCCCUUCGAUAUCGAUCGCACAGCCCGCCGAUCGCUUUGUUAAAUCGGGAAGCAACGUGGCCAAACCGCAAAAUUGUUUCUGGACAUUUGGCGAAUACCUGGAAAAGAACAUCGGUCCCAAACGUUGUCAGUGGGAUCGGCUGUCCGAGCUGUUUGCUUCCGGCAACAGCUUGCCGUUUAUCGCGCGCUAUCGUCAAGAAGUCGUCAAAGAGCUGGAUGUGGACGACUUGCGUUAUGCCCAGCGGCUGUUCGAAAAGGCAAGGGACAUCGACGUGAAAGUGGGUACCGUGAUCAAAAAGUUCAAAGAGGCCAAUUUGCUCACGGAAGACAUCCUAUGUACGCUAAAGAGCGCCAUCACGGUGGAGGAGGUUACCGCUUUCUCAGAUACUUUGAAAACCGAGGCAAAACAUACCUUGGCUCAACGAGCUGAAAUCGCUGGGCUUCGACCACCAGCAUUGGCAAUUCUAAACGGCAACUCUGACGUCAACAUUAUGUCUCUGGUCAACAAGAAUGUAAAAGGUAAAUACGGAGAAUUCGCUAUGUACAUUUUUUGUUUCGUUUGA